UGCGUGCGCAGUACAAUGUCGCAGAGCUGACAGCAAAGAUCGAAGAUCUCAAGGAGUACAUCACCGCCUCAGAAUUCAAUGGGAUGCCUUUGCAGGUUGUGUCUCUCGUUGAUAUCAAUGCGUCAAUUGAGACUAUGAGAGCUGAUACGAAACGGAGAUCGCAAGAGAUUAUACAGAUGAACAUGGCUGUG